CACCUCGUUUGCAUCGCUUUUCUUUUGUCCCUCCAUGUUGGCUGCUGGCUCCUCCCGUCUGAUUGGCUGCUCGGACUCCGUCCCCGUGGUGAGGAGCAGCCCUGUGACGUCGCCCCCCUCCACCCGAUGACUCUCUGCUCCUCCAUCUCCUCCGCUGACCACUGAGCUGUGUACAGACAGGCCUGUUGUAACCGACUGGAAGACUGUAGACGGCUACCAAGAAGAAGAGAAGGAAGAGGAGGAGGUGAAGGAAGGGAUGGUGACGGAAGUCAUGACCUCAGUGGACCAGCUGGAGCAGCACUGAGCCCAUUCCAGCUGGAGGAGCCCACAGCGACACACUCCUACAUGCAGCUCUGCACGUUGGACAUGAGCGGUGAGACGGACGCUCCUUCUGAGAAGAUCACCGUCUCCAUAAGUACCAGUAUGGUGUCUGACCGGAACCCAGGACCCCAGGCUUACAGCCGGAGCUCUCGGACUUCCAGAAGUUCUCCCAGAGUGCCGCCGGCCUUCGGGAAGCGUUCCAACUCCAUGCGCAGGAACGCCAACGCAGAGGUGGCCAAGCAGGGAUGGCUGUACAAGCAGGCCAGCAGUGGAGUGAAGCAGUGGAACAAGAGGUGGUUCGUGCUCGCCGACCGAUGCCUCUUCUACUACAAAGAUGAGAAGGAGGACGCGGUGCUGGGGAGUUUACCGCUGCUCAGCUUCCGGAUCCAAGGAGUGGCGCCGUUGGACAACAUCACCCGCAAGUUCGCCUUUAAGGUGAAGUUGGAGAAGGAGGAGGGGGAGCUGAGGGGUCCGGUGGUGUUCUGCAUGGCCCAGCAGACCGGAACCAGAACCUUCUACUUCAGCGCCGACCGCCAUGAGGACCAGGAGGACUGGAUCAGAGCCCUGAGCGAGGCGGCAGGGGGCGCCACGCCGCGGGCCGAGAGAAUGAACGCCGCCGUGGACCUCAACCCCGCCGCGGUCGCCACGGCAACGGAGCGACCGGCACCGCACACACAGACGCACCACGACGCCGGCCCCUACCCCAAGGCCAAUGGGGUUGACCGCCUUGAGACCCCGCCCCUAUCCGCCCCCGGCUCCGACCAAGUGGGGGAAAAUAACAACGCGAGACUAGGAGGGAGUGGAGGAGAAGGAGAAGAUGAAGGAGGAGGAGGAGGAGGAGGAGGAGGACCUGCUCCUGACCACCCGGCUCACCGCGGUCACCAUCCAAACGGCUGGGGCAACACCAGCAAAGCCCCUCCCCCGUCCAGGAGUCACAGUCGACACUGCGCCCCCCGGGGUCACCAGCAGGGCGGCGCCCCGUCACAUGACCCCCGGGAGCUGCAGGACAACGUGGUGCUGAGGAGGGGCUUCGUGCCCAGCACGGCUCCAGAGAGGGCGGCCCAGAGGAAGACCUCCAUGGCCCAGCUGCAGCAGUGGGUCAACCAGAGGAGGGUCAUGGCCUCCCAGGAGGACCUCCACAGCCCCUCCUGUUACUACCCCGGGGCCUCAGGUGAGUACUACGGGUUCCCCGGCGGCCCCCCGUACGUGGAGGAGUACCCUCUGUACCCACCGGGGGGGCGACCCGACAGCAUCUGCUCCGCCGUGGGGGGGUACGACCGGCGCUGGACCUUCGAGGAGAAGCGCCACUCGCUGAGGGACCGCCCCCCUCCGCUGUACGGACCAAUGAGCAGGGAGCAGUGGGGCCCGGCGCACUACGGCGGGGCGGAGCCCGCCAUGAGGCGCCUGUCCAUCCAGCCGCGCUCCAGGUCGGUGCCCAGGUCGCCGUCCUCCUCGUCGGGGGGGCGCUACUCGCCGGGGCCGCCGCACUUCGCCUCGCCGGCCCGAUCCCCGUCGGCGCCCUUCGAGCGCUUCCGGCUGCGGGACGACGCGGUGUACGCCGACCCGGCCGCCUACGGCCUGAGGAGGUCGCUCAGCUCGCCACGGUAUGACUACCCUGGUGAUAGGAGGUCCUUAAGUCAAGGACUAUACCACUACAACUACCCCGUGUCCCCUUCCAUCCACAGUAGAAUGGAGGACAUGUUAGACCUUCAGCUGCAGCGCAACCUGGAGUACUUAGACCAGCAGCUCCAGCCUCGUGUCUCUCAGGUUCCUCCGGUCCAUGACGUCUUCAGCAGAGAGCUCCACCCCACGCUGCAGCUCAACGAGGUGGAGACCAGCAAACUUCUGGGUCGACUGUGUGAGCAGAACCGGACCUGGAAAGACCACGAGGCCGUGGUCCACCGGCUGAGGAUGGAGAAGGACGGCCUGGAGGAGGCUCUGGUGUUGACUCACCAGGAGAUGGACCGGUACCAGAACCAGCCGCUGGCCGUGGAGAAGCUGCGCUUCAGAAAGGAAACUCUGCAGAACCAGCUGAUCAACAUCCGCGGGGAGCUGUCCCAGGCCUCGAGUGCAUUGACCACCUCGCGGAUGGAGUUCGAGGCCCUGGAGGACGAAGCCAACGCCAUCCACGGAGACCUGUGGGAGCAGCUGAAUGCAGGAGGGCAGAGUGAACUGGUCCACCGGCACAUCCAGAAGGAGUUCUGGAGGGUCCAGGACGUUUUGGAGGGACUGCACAAGAACCAUUCGUCCAGAGGCACCGACACCGCCAAGCACCGCUUGGCCAGCGGUGCGUCGGGCUCCUUUAGCACCAGUAGUCCAGCCAGUCCCCUGAGCUCAGUGAGCUUCAGCAGCCCGCUCAGCCCCUUCUCCCCAGCUCCCGGCCCCCAGGUGUCCCCCACCAGACAGCUGGGCCCGGAGGAAAGCAUCCCCCCAAGGCCUCCCCUCCCCAAAUCCUACUACCCUCUGGAGCCCUCGGCUACCUUCCCCCCCUCCGCCCCCCCCCUGCCCUUCGACAGCACUGCCUGGCUACGCAGCUUGGGCCUGGAUGACGGGUUCCUGGACGGGGAAGACGCUCAGAGCAGAAAGUCCAGGUUCCACCUCGCAGAACAGAACCACCUCAACGAGGUCCAGGACCUGGUCCAGGACCGGCAGUCCACCAUGAAUAAUGUUGGCAUCGUCCCUCCUAGAACCAAGUCCCCCACCGACGAGUCUCACAGCAGACCUGCUGGAGUUUCCCGCCAAAAUGGCAGACGGCCUAGUGGGAUUUCAAGGGAGCGUCCGAAGAGCGCCGUGUUCCCCGCAGAGCUGAAGUCCAAGAUGAGCGUGGAGGAGCAGAACGAGCGAAUCCGACGCAACCAGAGCAGCUCCGUGAGGGACAAGAGGCGGAGCCUAAAUCUCUCCGCUGGCCAGUCGCCAGCCAACUACAGAGUGAUUCGCAGGCGGCUGACGGCGCAUGAGAUUGACAUCAAAGACUUGGAGGUGGCGGUUCGAGGUCAGGGGCAAGAGUCUCCUCGGGAAGAGAUCGCCCGACUGAGAAGGUUAAAGGUCGACCCAGAACUCUACGACAUCGGCAAAGAGAUGAAUCUGUUCCAGCUGCUAACUCCAGACAAGGUUCUGAUCCCGGAGCGCUACCUGGAGCUGGAGGACAGCGCCCCCUUGAGCCCGGAGGAGGAGCAGGAGAAGCAGAGGAAGCUGGAGCGGAUCAAGACCCUCAUCGCCAAAUCUAAUCUGCAGAACAUGGUUCCCCUGCUGGACGGCCCGGUGGAGGGCGGCUCCCCGGUCAGCUCCCAGCAGCAGCUGCAGGAGCAGGAGAAGCGGAUCGAGAUCUCGUGUGCUCUGGCCAACGAGGCGUCUCGACGCAGCCGCCUCCUCUCGGCCCAGUGCCCCCCCAGUCCCCCAACCUCCCCGACCAGCCUGGCCCCUCCCCCUUCCUCUGCUGACUUCCCUAAGUCAGCCCACAUCAUGGAGGCGUGAGCCCUAGCAGCUCACGCUCUGGCUGCUGUCCCUUUUGUUGGAGACUCUUUCUGAGGCUUCACUGACUUCAACUGAACAGUGGAGAUGGCCAUGGACACAUUACUUCUUCUUCUCAGCACGUAAACUGCAUUUCAACAAAAGCACUGAAAGCUGUGGAAGGACGUCCCCCGGAUGCAGGAGCAUGGCUUCAUGCCCACUUUGAAGCUGUGAAGACGUUUGAGCUGCCACCAGCUCAUCUCUUCACAUCCGCCUCCUGCCAUGUGGUCCGCAUGGCACAAGGAAGGCUGCACAUCUCUCACCAGCUGCCAAAUGGGAAUAUCGACAUAUAACUUCAUCUACAAAGUAGAGAUUGCUCAACUAUGUUGAUGAGCUACUUUAGCCAUUGAGAGGCCACGCUGAAGAGGAACCAGAAGAGUCUGUGAGGUUGACCAAACAAAAGACUUCAGUCGACCCAACAGAGAGACUUGGCCCAUGCUCAUCUGAUCCCAGAGAAAGAUGUAGAGGCCUCCGAGGCUUGUGGCCCUCACGUCAAUAACCGAGGGAAAUAAGACUGAAGCCUCUCAUGCUAUGUGAGAAGCUGAGGACUCUUCUUCUGAGCUCACUGUGAUGACUGUUUCACCAACCACCUCUACCCCUUAAACUACCCCAUCCCAUCAACCUCGUCUGCUAUAAAUAUCAACCGUUUGGAACUACUAGCGUUACAUAAUGCAUCUCACCCCGUUCACACCAGACACAUCGAUGGGAGGUCAAAUCGAAGAUGAAGAGCAUCUUUUUGUACCAGUGUGUACUCGUGGUCGAAUGCACUUCUUGUGAGUCAGGUGAAUGAUAUGUGAUGUAGAGAGCAUUACACCAACCAGGACCUGUUUUACAAAGAUGAAUAUGGCGACACCUCGUCCUAUGUCCGAUCCAGAGUAUGACACGAAACACAACGCUCAUGUUCUACCGUGGUACUCUCACCCGCUCUAAUGCCAGGUGCAUUAUGGGCCUUUGGUCUGCAUGGUGGAGCAUUGUUAGAAACUAACACUGUGGAUGUGUCUGUAUGGUUUGAAGCUGUGAGACAGGAAGUGACACACUUCCCGACACGGUUCUGGGUCAAGCAUUGCAAUAAAGAGCAGACCACAAGCAGUGGAUUAUGAA